AUGAAACAAACAAAACAGCUAAAACAAACAAAACAUUACAAACAAACAGAACAAAAAGAACCUAUUAAACAAACACAAUUAGAACCGUGGACAACAUGUAUUAACCAAAACAAAACCAAAAAUAACUUGGAAACAAAGCAAGAAAGCUAUACUUCCCAAGUUUCGUUUAUACAAGACACAAUAAGAAAGAUAGAACCAAUAUGGGAAACCAAAAUAGAAGAAGAAGACAAAUAUAUAGAAUCAUUAACUAUAAUCGCUUUAAAAAGCAUUGUUAUAAUAGAAUUAACAAAUAAUGCAGACAAAGACACAAACGGCACUACAAAAACAGAAGAAGCUAUUAAAAAUCAAAGUGAAAAAAACAUAAACAAAAGAGAUAAGAACUUAGAAACAUUAUAUUUAACAGUGUCAGACAACAUAUCAGACAAAACAGAAGUACAAAAAACUACUCAGUUAACUGAGGACAAUAUAUGGACACCCAAAAAACAAAUACCAAAGAUAACACAAUCAAUUGAAAAUAGUAUUUGGGCAUCUAAAGGAGAUGCUUGUAAAAACAUAGGAGAAUGGCAAGUGAAUAUAUUAAGCUGUAAUGUACCAGAUAAUAACAAAGAUGAAAGGUUUAAAUAUGUUAAGUGGAUUCUUCAAAACAAUAAACAUAUCAAAAACAUAAAAGAAGUUUUUGAAAAAGGAAACUACUGGUAUAGAGUUAUAUUCGAUUGUCAAAGCAGUUGUUUAAAUACAUGUGAAUAUAUAAGCAAAAAAGAAGGAGAAUGGCUAUACAUGAUACCUAACACUAAUAAUCCUACAAGCCAAAAAGAAGUGGAGAAUAAUAAUAUCGCAAAACUAAAAUCAAUGAGCUCAGGAAAGAAUGAUAACACCAUUGGUUUACAAAACAUUAUUCUCUGGGAUUUACCAAAACACACAAGCAAAAGAGAAGUUUUGAAUGCAACAAAAUUUCUGGGACAGAUCAAUAAAAUAAAUAUUAGAUAUAAUGAAAAUACAACUAAAGCAAUCAUUAUGAUCAAUAACUUAAAAAAUCAUAAACAGAUCAAGUUAGAUGAUAUUUGGUCUAUUCCUUUAAACAACACAUAUAUUGACAAUAUUCCAAAAAGAACAAACGAAGUAUUGCUUAAAAGAUCGAUUGCAUAUCUAAGACCCAAAGCUCUACAUAUAUUUAAUAAUAGCAAUAGAAAUCAAAAAAGCAAAGGGUGUAUAGAUUUCGAAAAUAAAAGAGAUUUACUUAAUGCACAAAGACAUAAAAUUAUCUACAAAAAUACAAGAAUAUAUUGGUCAGAUCAUAACGAUCUUAAGGAGCAAGAACAGAUUUUUGUAGAGAAAGAACAAGAUAGAAAAGAUAUGCAAACCAGAUAUCAGUUAAAGAAUUUUCCAUAUAUUUAUCAAGAAUCGGAUGCAGAAACUGGAAAAGCAAAAGGAUCAGGUUUGGGAAUUAUUAUUAGAAAAACAUGGGAAAAACACAUAGGAAAAAUUGUACGAAAAUCACUAUACUAUAUGAGUUGCAUGCUUUAUUUUAAAAAAGUUAAUAUUGUUAUAAUCCUAGUGUACCUUACACCGAACAAUAAAAAUACACUCAAGCAAACUCAACAACAUGUGAUCAAAGGGCUACAAGAGGCAAUAGAUAAAAAGGAAACACAUUAUAUAAUCUUAGGUGACUUUAAUUGUAAUCCUAACAAUGACACACAAUAUACAUACAAGUACAACCCAAAGGCCAAACAUGCUCUGAUAAAAUGGCUACAAAGAACAGGCUUUAUAGACAUGUAUAUGUUAACAAAUCUGGCGGAAGCUGAACAUUGGGACAAGUACAGGUUAAUCUUGGAGCAUAAUUUGCAAGGUAAUACAGUACUCAAAAAUUUGCUCAAAACAGAGAAUAAUAAUAGUGAAUCAAUCAAUCAAACCUGGAAUAUUAUACAAAAAGCAAUACUCAUGGCAGGAAAAAAAGCUUUACCUCAUACAAGGCUUAAAGGGGACAGAGCUCAACAUAAGUUUCGCCAGAGAGAGAUCAAAGAAGAAUGGUAUUAUUCUAUAUCUGAAACAGUUGAUGCAGCAGAAUGGAAGCAGACAAUCAAGGUUUUAAAGAAAGCAGAAAUUCAAGUGGUUACACAUUGUAAGAAAUUAGCUUGUGACAGUGCAAUAGUGGCAUAUAACAUUGAUGCAUGCAGAAUUAGUAAAGAAACUUGGUUAGAAUCAGAGCAAUUUGCAGAGCAAACAAAAAUAUGGUGCCCACAAAUCGAAGAGGUUUUGAUUAAUAAGCAGGUUAAAAACAUAAAUAAAAAACAAGAGUUAACAGCGAAAUUGCAUAACAAUAAAGGUAGAAGUUCAUACAAAGUAUAUACUGAUGGUGCAUAUAAGAAGGUAGAAGAUGGGGAAAUAGCAGGAAUUGGCUAG